AGCUCCAUCACGUCGAACUUGGAAUUCUCUGGUCUUAAAUCGGCAGGAACGUGUUGCUUGACCGCUUUCCUCCCUUUCCGCUCGAACAUCACGGUGAUAUCCCCCGAGCUCGACUGUAUUCUUGAUCGUCUUCUCCAACCAACGAGAUACUUCCUCUCUCCUCCUCUUCCGCCUCUUCUUCCUCGUCUCAACAGUCUUCGUCUCACUCUCCUCCAUUGAUCCGCCGCCCUCAUGUCUGCCACGGCGCAUACCCCCGACUACCCUCCCCUCGAGGACCGGCCGAUCAAAAACACCAUCUGCCUCUUCGACGUUGACGGCACCCUCACAGGCGCUUGCAAGGAUGUCACCCCGGAGAUGACCAAACUCCUCGCCGACCUCCGGCGCAAAGUCGCCAUCGCCACCGUGGGCGGGUCCAACUUCGCCAAGCAGCAGAACCAGCUGGGCGCGCCGUCGAACACGCCCGUGACGUCCAUGUUCGACUUCAACUUCGCGGAGAACGGGCUGGUGGGGUACAAGAUGGGCGCGGCGCUGCCGACCAACAGCUUCAUCCAGUGGAUCGGCGAGGCGCAGUACCGCGAGCUGGUCAGCUUCAUGCUGCACUACAUCGCCGACCUGGACGUCCCGGUCAAGCGCGGCACGUUCGUCGAGUUCCGCAACGGCAUGAUCAACGUGUCGCCCAUCGGGCGUAACGCGUCCAACGAGGAGCGCAACGAGUUUGAGCGCUACGACAGGGAGCACAGGGUCCGCGACGCGUUCGUCAAGACGCUGCGCGAGAGGUUCGCGCACCUCGGCCUCACGUACUCGAUUGGCGGCCAGAUCUCCUUUGACGUGUUCCCGAAGGGGUGGGAUAAGACGUAUUGCCUGCGCCAUCUUGAGGCCGAGGCAGAGAAGCCGGGGGGUGUCAAGUUCACCACGAUCCAUUUUUUCGGGGAUAAGACGUACGAGGGCGGUAACGACUAUGAGAUUUAUACCGACCCCCGCGUCACCGGCCAUAGUGUGAAGAGUCCGGAAGAUACCAUGCGCAUCGUCAGGGAGCUCUUCGACUUGUAGUCUUGUGUACAGAGGAAAAGGGUUGAAGGAAAGGAUCUUGGGUGCGCAAGAGAGCGGCGCAGUAAUCAUAUAGAAUCUGACUUGGGCCAGGCAGGGAGGACUUGCAAGACAAGGAAUACACCUGGCGCACACAUUGCUUUAGCAUACAACUUCAGACAAGGAGAAACAUGAAUUAUGAGAUGAUAUAUUCCAGU